AUGCUCGGAAACUUGCUGAGAAAAAAAGAGUUUUGCCAGCAGGACCCUGCUCUCGAGCCACAGGUCCCGCCGCCCGCGUACGCCGCCGCCGACGCCCACUACAGCGGGACCCAGCUUUAUGGCCCCGGCAACACCGUCCCCGUUGCCAGUUUCCGGCUCUCGGACAAGUCGAGCUUGUGUCGUCUGGUGGUGGUGCAGGACUCCGGGAUUCGGUCGAAGCAGACGCUGUUCGACUCUGCGCUGAGCCUGCGACCCGGCGUCGCCGAGGUGUCCAGUCCCGCGUACUUGAACAAGUCGUUCCACCACCCGACCAGCGAGCUUUCGGCGCUCAUGUUCGGAUACUACGGCAUUCUGCUGAACGAGACCAUCUCGACGACCAAACUCCACUACCUCCCGCCGCUCGCGGCGAUGCCUGCGUCGAUGCUGGUCACGCGGCUGUUCUCCGUGAACAGCAGUUUCAGGCUGUGCGAGAGCGGCCACGGCGACCCGGACUGGGCCCCCAAGCCCUGUGUAUACACGCGGGACGCCCCCGUGUGCGACGAGACGCCCACGAGACUGGCGUUCGGCCUGAUUGUGCCGGUGGCCAGAGACCGGAACGCCCACGAAAUCCUGACAAACCAUUGGCCGGAAAUCGCAGGGCACCUGGAAGCGACGCAGAAUCUCAUUGUGGCCAAACUUCGCGCGCUCGCGUCGCCCAGCCGGCAGUCUGCAGGCUCUAAGCCCGCGUUCCCGCCAGGCUGCCUCCAGAAAGAGCCCGAUCUCGUGCACAGCCUGCACCUUUUUGUGCGGUCGCUCGUGUUCCUCAUCGAGACACCAAGGCUCUACGUCCCGCUGAAACACAACGACUCGACGCUGUGCCGGUGGGCGGUCGCCGUGGCGACGUGGCUGGAGCUCAAGGACGGCCGCCACCCGUCGCUGUCGCUGCUCCCGGCGCCGAUCCAGGAAUCCCAGUCCACGUCGCCGGGCCACGCGUGCUCGCCCGUUGUCGGACUCAAGUUCCUAGCCACGUUGCUCACACUCAUUCUGCCGUACCGCUGCGAAGUCGUCGACGGCCCGCUCAACUACCAUACCCGCCGCGCGGUGCGCGUUGUGCUCGUCACGGGCAACCCGGUCGUGUCGCAGAAACUCGUGCUAAUUCUCGCCGGCAUCUUUGGCUACGACCGCUAUACAUUCUCCAGGACGCUCGAACAGGAAGACACUGACACCGACUCGGAGCCCAGGCCGACGGCGUCGAAACCGAUCCCCAUCCAGCGCGCCGCGUACCAGGAUGACUCAAGCUCUGAGUCGAUGUCGCCCGAAAUGACGUUCAGUUCCGGCUCUGCCAAGGGCUGGGAGAUCCCGUCCAAGGCGACGCCCAUCAUCUCGAACUCGCCGAAGUUCACCGAGUUCGCAAAGCCCGAGCGUCAGCCUGUGACGCUGGUGAGACGGGCCUCGUCGUAUGCCUCGCUCCAGAACCUGUCGACGUCGUACGGGUCGCAGUCGACGACAUUAUCGUCGUCGUGGCGCAAUAGACUGCACUUUGGCUCGUUCAUGGAGCGCUGGCGGUCCGGCGUCGGCGAGAGCGUCGACGUGACGCCGCCGCCCGCUGCAGAGUACGACGAGUACCCGUGGAAGUCAGUGUCCUCAGGCGGCGCCAACCUGCCGAGGCUCUCACGUGACCUUGGGUCACUUGACCUGGACAAGGAGAAACCCGUCGUGCGCACCACGUACGAGAUCCCCGGCGUCGGGGAGCGUGUCGAUCUGGCGCAGCAGGUGAUGGCUGCCGACGUGGACUUUGAGCCUGUAGACAUGGCGGGCGGUGCGAAAGUGCUCGACAUUGCCCCGCUAGCCGUGGAAAUCCCCCGUCCCCAGGUGCUGCCGCUGAUGACCGGUUACAUCGACCAGUACCGGCCCGAGUUCUCUCUCCAGGCGUGUCCCGUGCACUACAACCUGGAGGGCCAGAUCUGCGAGUCGAUGCGAGACGACUGCGCCCGUUUGGGCCCUAGAGCCAGCAGCAGGACGUUUGUGAUCAACUUGAAGCAGCGCGAGGUGAAGCUGAUGGAAAUGCAGGACUGCGCUGACACAGAGUCAGCAGAGACAACCCCCCGCCUCACGAUCACGCGGCUGUUUGCGCCGUACAAACGCGACCUCUCCGAGAAGCUUGCGCACGACGUGGAGCAGUGCGACGCCGUGCUGAACCGAAUCCUCUACCUAAUCAAAAGUCGCAGCGAAAACGACAAGAUCCGCGCGCUGGUCGAGCAAUUGAUACACUAA